AUGAGGCCCAAAAGUUCACCUUAUGAAAAUGGGGUUUUCAAAAUCACCAUGCACUUUCCUCCUGAUUACCCGUUCAAGGCACGGAAUGUCUCGUUCAACACAAAAAUCUUUCACCCAAACGUGGGUGUCUAUGGCAACUUCUUUCUUAAGAUGUUGAAAAAUGAAUACUUCUCGCCCAUCUACACCAUCAAUAGAAUCCUCACCGAACUUCACGAGAUACUAACUGCCCCAGAAAUAAAUGAAGGGGACUACUUUGAUGAAACGAUAGCCAAACUUUACGUGGAAGACAAGGCUGCUUUUGAUUCAAUUGCUUGUGCAUGA